AUCUCGAAGGAGGAGCGGCCCGGGUCUUGUCACGUGACCCCGGCUCUGCUUAGCACAGGGAUGGAGCCGGAAGAGGGGACGCCCUUGUGGCGGCUGCAGAAGCUUCCAGCCGAGCUGGGCCCGAAGCUUCUUCACAAAAUAAUUGAUGGCAUUUGUGGCCGAACUUAUCCUGUCUACCAGGAUUAUCAGAGUGUUUGGGAGUCAGCAGAAUGGAUGCAUGUUCUAGAAGAUAUUACCAAAUUUUUCAAAGCUGUAGUUGGUAAAAAUUUAUCUGAUGAAGAGGUAUUUCAGCAAUUGAGUCAGUUGAAUUCAUUUCAUCAAGAAGCUAUCAUGAAAUGCUUGAAAAGUAGGAAAGACGAAAUCAAGCAGGCUCUGUUAGAAGAAAUAGUUGAUAUUUCCUCUGCACAGCUACAAGAUUUCGAUUGGCAGUUAAAGCUUGCACUUUCUAGUGACAAGAUUGCUACAUUACAAAUGCCACUUUUAAACCUUCAUCUAGAUGUAAAAGAAAAUGGUGAAGUCAAACCAUAUUCUGUUGAAAUGAAUAAAGAAGAGCUGCAGAAUCUAAUAAAUUCCUUGGAAGCAGCUAAUAAGGUGGUCAUGCAGUUGAAAUAACUGGAAGUAGUGAAUACCAACACUCAGAUUCCACUGCUACAACUGAUACGGCAGAGUGAAUACUGUGUGUUCAGAAAACCUGUGAUGUGCUGACUUAUUACGCCAAGCUGAGAAAGCAGCUGCUUUGAGAUCAAAGAUAAAAAUUUAUCAGCAUAUCUAAGGAACAGGAAAUUACAUGGUUGCCAGGAAAUGCAUAAAAAAUGAAAAAGCUAUAAUAGCUGUUUAUAUUUUUGUAAUGACUUUUGCCUCAUUUAUUAAAUAUUUGAGAAAUCUUUAUAGCUGUAACAGUUUUAUUGAAAGCUAAAAAUAGGCUCUAAAGUAAUGUAAACAUACAAAGCACAAAUAUACUUGAAUAUUGCUUAAAGAAGUAUGUGAAUAGCAAGGACAUGUAUUAUGGAUAUAUAUGAUUAAUUUGUAAUGUUUUUAAAAAAUAGCUUUUAAAGAAUGUGUAAGCUGCAUAUGUAACUCAGGAGAUUCCAUAUCUUUCUCAUAUUCAAAGGAAAGAUUAUAAAAUGCAAAAUUUCUUAGAGAAAGAAGCUCUUCAGAUAUGAACAAGAAAAAAUAAUCAAAUUUAUUGGAACAGUUUUGAGUUUAUGAAUUUAUGAAUUCUAGAAACUAAAUUCUUAUACUUGAACACAGAAAAAAGUGAAAAUAACACUGUUACUUCUGCAUUUCUGUGUUUGGUUGGGAGAGUGUGCUCUGAUGAAAAAAGAAAUGGAUACCAUUGUAUAGUGUAUAUAUUAUUAUUCAGAUAUUAGCCAAGAAUGCAUAUAGGUCCAUUUUUGUUAUAAACUCUUAAUAUUGAAUUUAACAGUUUUGGAUGUUAACAACUUCAUUGGAGAAACAAACCAUUUUUAAUUUCAGUUUAAAAACACAUUCUGAACAAAUAAAAAAUGUCCUUUUAUUUUUAUAUGUUGUUUUAUUUCAGAUGACUUUCUACAUAACGCAACAAUACAUGAUUAAUUGGUACCUGCCCUUUGCAACUUUACAGCUCAUUAGAGCAUCGGGCUAUUAGUUGAGGUGUCCAGAGCAGUUCAUACUAUUCUCAUCCUGCAGAUGAGGAUAGGCUUACAGAGGUUAGUAAAUAUGUGAGUGUGGUCUAGACAGUGCUGCUCAAAGUGUAUCUGUAGACUAAUGCCCGCCUGUGGACUGUUUGUUAUAGGUUGGUGAUUAGAUAAGGAGCUUAUGCUUGAAUGUUAUUCAAUGUACUGAGCAAUUUUGGUUAUGAAAAAAAAAUCAGCUGAACUAAACGGCGUGCUUAGAGAGGUGCAGGUUCCUUCUGUCAUUAUGGACCAGUAACGGUUUGCAGACCAGCACUUUAAAAAUACUGAUCUAGAGAUCCCUUUUGAGUUUCAGCCCUCCAUGCAGUACUCCUUUGAGAAGGAAAAAAUCUGGCUCUGCUUAUUUCCCUCAUCACGUGUUAUCGCUGUAUUAGCAUAUUUAACCCCUUUAUUGAAAUCUAAUUUCAAUAUACUGCACUAUGAACUGCACAUAUUUAAAUCUGAUAAUUUGGCCACGUGUACACCUACAUACACCUAUGAAAGCAUCACCUCAAUCAAGAUGAUGAACAUAUCAGUCAUUCCUGAAAGUUUCCUCCUAUUCCUUGUAAUCCCUGCUCCUGCGUCUUUCCCCCGCCCAGGUAACCACUGUCUGCUUCCUGCUACUGUAGAUUGUUUCACAUUUUUGAGAGUUUAAUAUAAAUGAAAUCAGACACUAUGUGCUCUUUUUUUUUUUUUGUGAUCUGGCUUUCAGCAUUAGUUUGAGUUUUGUCUAUGUUGUUGCAUGUAUCACUAGUUCAUU